AUGGCAGACUUCAAAGAAACUAUCAUUCAAAAUUCUUCAUCGGAAGAGACAGCAAAAGAAGUUCCAGCAACCGUUGUGGAAGAGGCUAAAACCAAGGCUUACUAUUCGACCAGCUCCCCAGUGCAAGCUGUUGAUUCUUCAGUGACCACUAAAGAAGAAGGCGUCCAGCCGGAUGAUUCAGUUCCUGAGAAACCAUUGAAAACUUCGGGAGAUUCUGUUGAUUCCAUUGAGGAAGAGUUCUCGGAAUCGUCAGAUGAAGAACUACCAGAUCCGGAGACUGACUACGACUUCUUCUUGACACAGUUCGUUCACGCCGACGACGUGCGAAGUUUGAUCCUUCAUUUCGCCAAUGUUCGCGCCGCCGAGCUGGAACACGUGAGCAUUGCGGAUAGGACUUGAGAAUGAGCAUGAAUCUUACUUUUUUCAGAGAGCUAACUGCUGGAAGCAACUCCGAGUGAACAGCGGGGAAGAUUUGCACAAACUGCUAGCGGUGAUCAUGAAAGAAGAUGGCGCUGCCACACUGGAAAAGUUUGAGGAAAACGCGUUCAUCAAACCGUACGCUAAGGUAUGACACUUUUCAAUUGCGAUUUCUGAUUUAUUAUUUCAGCAGCCAUUUAAUUCUGAUGCGCCAAGCUAUCCAGCCUAUGUUGAGCAGUUUUUCCCAGCAAUAGCAGUGAAAAACUAUUUCCCGGAGCUUGGAAAAGUUACUGGAAGAAUUCCAGCUGAUCUGCAAGGCAUUGGACACAUGCUCACUCAGCAGGCACCUCUGGUCAUCGAUCCGAAACACUUUGAGACCAAAACAGAGAAGACUAAAGUGGAAGUGAAGAGCACGAACAACAAAAAGAAGACUCAAAUCAAACAGAUUGUCACCAAACCGGAACCACUUUUCACCGCUGAGCAGUUGAAGAAGUGUGUGGCGGUGAAGGAAUGGGUCAGAAGAUAUCAAGCAAAGUAUGAAAAGUGAGUGGAAUGCAGAUGACAGAUGGCCAAUUUGAAUUUCAGCACUCCAACGAACGCAUUGCUGCUUCACCAACUGAAUUCAGAGAAAUCGGAGACACCAGACAUGAGCACGAAGAAUUUCCAAUUUGCACUCAUUUCGGACGAAUUCCAUGAAGUAGUUGAGAAAUACAAAGAAGGAAUCAAUGAGAAUUGGAGCAAGUGUAAGUGAGAUUUUUAAGUUUCAAAGCGUUUUCCUUGGUUGUUGAACUUCCUGACGUUAAAUGUGCCUGUAGUCAUUAAAUCCGUUUAAAUUCCCUAAAACGGUGUUUUUCAAAUUCACUUUUUUGAUAAGACUUUCCUUUUCCACUCAUUUUCUCUCGGUCACUUGCCAGAGAGGACGUGAUAUGGCGGCAGGCACAUGUCACUCGCCGCAAAAGAGAGAAGAGAGAAAGGGGCGCGCGCGGUUAGAAUGUCUUCGUGCAACACCCCUGUGUCUAAUGUCUGGCCGCGUGGCGCAAUGGAUAACGCGUCUGCCUACGGAGCAGAAGAUUGUAGGUUCGAAUCCUGCCGUGGUCGAAAUCUUUUUGGUUUUCUUAUUCAUCCAAAAAAUUGAGUUCUUGCAACGAGACCUAUUCACAUUUUUCAGUCGGUCAAAAUCUUGCCAUCAACUUCAUCAAAAGGAGACUGGAGAAAAUAGACAAAGAGAUUGAGCCGACGAUGUUCGCCAGCUACACUCGUUUCCUGGAAGAAAUGAACGAUGAUGUGGCAACGCAUGUCAACGCGAUUUGGGCUCAUCAUAAGGACUCGGAUAAGUUCGGACGUCUUGAGAAAUGUCUUUUCUUGCAUCACUAUCAGCAGUAG